GUUCACAAUGAGGCUGUGAGCCAGUGCUAUUCUGGAGCAUUCACUUAUCAAGUUUUUUAAAACUUGAUUUUCUGACUCUUGACUUGCAAUUCUACUUUUUCUACUCUCAUCCAAUUCACAUUUGUGUGUUGUUGUUUUUUUUCACUGUCUGCGCCAUCUGCCCAUGACGUCACUUCCUCUUGUCUUACGUUAGAGCAUAUUAUUCUCUUUUUGGCUGCCUUCCCCAUAUCUGUGCCCCCAUCUAUGGCUGCCGAUGACUACAACCCUGUCUCCCUCCGACACAAGUCCAAGAGGAAGACUCGAGGCGGCAAUGGUACGAUGAGCAGACGACGGAUCUCGGUCAAAGAGCUGGGUCCCCCGGACCACCAGGGCUGGCUGUACAGGAAGAAAGAGAGCAAAGGCUUCCUGGGCAUCAAAUGGAAGAAGUACUGGUUUGUGCUGAAGAAGACGGCUCUGUACUGGUACGCCAACCAGCUGGCGGAGAAGGCCGAAGGCUACAUCGACCUCACCAACUUCAUGAUCGACAGAGCCAUAGAGUGCAAGAAGAAACAUGCGUUGAAAGCCUGCCACCCAAACGUCAUGAUGUUUUAUUUCGCUGCCGAGAGCCACGAGGAGAUGAACUUAUGGUUGAAUAAGCUCGGGCUAGCCUCCAUUCAAUAUGAGUCAACAGAACGAAACACUGCAGUCGAGUGUUACAGUGAAGCCAGUGACCAUGAAGAAGCUGAAAGCACAGAGGUUCCCCCUCCACCGUACUCUGAACAAACCCUCCGGGACUCUGUGGAUAGAUCCGGUCCACCUGGAAGCACGCAUCAGGGCACCCUUCCUCCCCCCUACUCCUCCACAGUCGCCGGAAAAGCCAACGGUUCGCUCUCGUCCCCCGUGAGUACGAUGACAUCAGAGAGCUCCACCUCCUCGCUCGCCAAGCACCGGCAGUCCUGGUUGGACCUGGUGUCGCACGCGUCCCCUCCCGCCGCGGAAACGGCAGUGGUGUGCUCAGUUCAAGUACACUCGCAUCGACCUGAAGAGGAUGACCCCCAGUUGCCGGAGAGCUCGUCUCACGCAGACCCUUCGGACACGGGGUCCGGUGAAGAAGGCCCUGCCGCGGAGGGGGAAGCACAGACGGGGGUUUCGGGUACUGAAAACCAGGGGGAUAGUGUGAACGACUCAGAUGAGAUGGAGAAGCUUUAUAUUCAUCUAAAAGCGGCCAGCCUCUCCCCAAUAGGAGACCGCAAGCCAUCCACGAAAAGGGAAUUCAGGGCUUCCUUCGUGAGACGCUGUAAAAACCACACUGUCAAUGAUAAACUGCACCUUAUCAGGACUCUCAACAGCACAUUAAAGUCGAAGGAGGCCGACCUACAGGCAAUAGACCAGGUGCUGGCCGACCUGGGGCUUACCUCAACCAAGUUCCAGGAGUGGAAGGAGGCCAAUGUGCCUUUGAUGCAGGAGAUCUGUGUCAAACAAGACCAGCAGGGGGCAGCAGAGGCCACGGAAGCUGCAGCGUCAGUCAUUGCUGCUCCAGUGGUCGAGACCAGUUUAUAAAGACUCCUCGGGACUGGUUUUACUGUGUCUGGACUCGGGAGGACUUUACAUAUUUUGGACGCCCACACACUGCUGUUUUUAAUUGAGACUACUGUUCCGUAUGAGCGGAUGUUGAUUACUAAUAGACAAGUAACUGGAUCAAUGAAGAAGAGGUUUUUUUUUUAAGUUCUUAAAUGGAUGUGAUGCAGACAUGUAUAUAAUGAGCAGAUCAUAUUCAAAUGUGAAUUGUGUCUAAGUAUUACUUUUACUGUUUAAUUUGUAAGGUUAGCAAAUUUGACAGAUAAUUGUUUUUAUGUUGUAAUUUCUGUGAACCUAUUCAUACAUUGUUUUAAUAUUUUGCAAUAUGCGUUGUAAAAAUGGGUCCAUUGUUCUCUGCAUAGAAACACUUGUUUUUACAUUAUGUUUUAUGCUUUGAUUUCAUCAGUAGUGAACACAUUUGAACCGUUACUGCUCAGUCAAUUAUUGGUGCCAUGUACCAUCACUGCCUGUUACACGUGUUUUUUUUAAUAAGUGUUGUCGCCCUAGAAUUUAUGCCAUCGUACUUGAAACUGAACAUCAGGACCUGCGCUAAUUUAAUAAAUGUCAUGAAAACGUCAA